ACUCAAGGCCGUUGGGACAAGGAGGUAGGUUUGAUUUAGCGAAGUCAAUAUGGGAAAUUAUCUUACUUUCCAUGGGUGGAUAUUUUAUACCAAUAAACACUAUGAACUUAACAAUACACACAGUUAGUCGUGAAAAUCUACAAGAAAUAAAAUGCAAGGCUAUGCUUCUUAUACUGGAGGCCCAGUUGGGUUUGGUGAUCCUAACAGCAAGUAUAUUUCGAGUACAGAACGCAGCAACGUAAUUUCAAAAUUUGUACAAGAGAAACUUAUUAGUGAAUUAUGUGUAGAAGAGUGGAAAGAUUGGCGAAAGUGCAUACGUGGAAAACGAGGCGAGUGGUUCGGUACCUGGAAAUGCAAACCUAAAUAUCAGAUAUUUGAACAGUGUCAGAUGAGGUACCUUCUAGACCUAGAUGAACUCAAAAAAUUUGAAGAGGAAUACUUAAGUAUGCGUAGUGAAUAUCGGAAAACUGGUGUGGGUCGCGCUUUCAUGACGAAAGAACGAAUACAAGAACUGUGCGAGUUGUAAAUGCCCCCUUUUAUAACUGUAGCACACUCCAGUUCAUAAAUAUAUAUAUAACUAUGA